AUGAUGGGUCUAUUCAACCAGGCAGCUUCCAAGGUGCCUCGUCCACGCGGGUCCUCCGAGUCCGAGGACAAAAUCCCCGAAGAUACCAACCCGGAUGAUGUUUCCGUCCUGGAUGAGGAGGAGGGUUCGGUUAUCAAGUCUAUGAUUUCACAAUUGAGGGUAGGAAUGGACCUUUCCAAGGUCACCUUCCCCACAUUCGUGCUCGAGCCGCGCAGCAUGCUCGAGCGUAUCACCGAUUUCAUGUCCCACCCAGAUCUCGUCUUCGGCGCCGAGAAUUACGACGACUCGGAGGAGCGUUUCAUCCGUGUGCUCCAGUACUAUCUUGCCGGCUGGCACAUCAAGCCCAAGGGCGUCAAGAAACCAUACAACCCCGUGCACGGCGAGUUCUUCCGCUGCCGGUACGAUUACAGCGACGGCACGCAGGGCUUCUACAUCGCAGAGCAAGUCUCGCACCACCCGCCCGUGUCCGCGUUUUACUACGUUUCCCCCGCCAACAAGGUCGCAAUCGUCGGCGAGCUGCGGCCGAAAUCCAAGUUCCUUGGGAACAGCGUGUCAACGACGAUGGAAGGCGAGAACCGGAUCUAUCUCAUGGGCCGUCCUGAUGAUGGCCCAUACGUCGUCUCCAUGCCGAAUAUGUAUGCGCGCGGGAUCCUGUGGGGCAAGAUGGUGCUCGAACUCGGCGACGCAUGUACAGCCCGCAACGAGCGCAACGGGCUCACUGCGGAUCUGACAUUCAAGACGAAGGGCUAUUUCUCCGGCACAUACAACGCGAUCCAAGGCCGCGUGCGCCGCGGCAACACCGACGCAGGCGAGGUGAGCGGAAAGUGGAGCUCGGUGAUGGAGUACAAGAGCAGCAAGACGGGCGAGCGCCGCGUCCUGUUCGACGUGCAGAAGAACGGGCAGAAGGUCGCGCCGAAGUGGGUCGCGCCGGAAGAGGAGCAGGAGCCCAACGAAUCACGCCGCUUGUGGUCGAAGCUUACGCAGGCGAUCGUCGCGAAAGACAUGGAGGCGGCGACGGAGGCCAAGACAGCCGUAGAGGAGUCGCAGCGCGAGCUACGCCGACAGCGAGAGGAGAGCGGGGAGCACUUUGUUCCGCGAUUCUUCCAGCAGGACAGAGAGGGUCGAUGGGGACCUAAAUUCACCCUGCCGCAAGACCCAGAAGAAGCGGUGGAAGCAGUCAAAGCAUGGAUAUGGUCUCGGCCUCCGUCGCAAUCCUGA